AUGGCAUCUUACUUUCAGGAACUAUGGCAGAGCGUUUUCACACCUGGCGUAACUCCAGUAUUAGCAAAGUCUGCUCAUGCCGCCUGUGCAGUGCUAGCUGCCUUAUUCCUAGCCCUGUAUAUUAGUACAAAAAGCAUUCAUUGCAUAAUUCUUUUGCUAUUGACUCUGUGUCUUUGGUUGUCUUUAACAUGGUUUCUGGUAGAACUUGCUCAUAGUCGCGUGCAAGGUAAUAUAACUUCUGAAAAUCAACCUCAAAAUCUAAACGGACAAACCGAGAAAAAUACUACUUCUUCAACGGAUCAGAUUCAGAAUCUGUCUGUUCGCGAAGAGCCCUCAAGAGCUCGUAAAGCUGAAUAA